AUGGAAGAUAAAACAAAGACAACCACUAAACCCAAAACAACUGACACUACUCAGAAACUUAAAAGACCUUUAUCAGCUUAUUUUCUUUAUUCUAAAGAUGUAAGAAAGAGUGUUGUAGAGGCUAAUCCAACUUUAAAAAACACAGAAAUUAUGAAAAUCAUUGGGGAAAAAUGGAAGGGAUUAAGUGACCAAGAAAAGAAAAAGUAUAAUGAUCUACAUGAUGUUGCAAAGAAAGAAUAUGAAAAAUUGAAAAAAGAAAGAGAGAUGUAA